UGUCCCAGGACUACAGCAAGUAGGACGAGGUGUGUUUCUAGGGCAGGUGUCCGCGUGCUGCGCGAAGGCGCCCCUGCAGCAUGACGCUGCCGGCCGCGCUCGUACUCUGGACUUGCGUGUGGGGGGUCGUCGCCCCGGGCGGCCGCAGCGGCGCCAACGGCACUGAGGUGGAGAGGCGCUGGGAGACGCUGUUGUCGCGCUCCUACCUGGGCCUCGCCGGCGGGCGGGCGGCGCGGCCCGACUGGCAGAGCGACUACUUGCGGGGCAUCAAGCGGGUGCGCCGCCUCUACUGCAACGUGGGCAUCGGCUUCCACCUGCAGGUGCACCCGGACGGCAGGAUCGGCGGCGCGCACCUCGAGGACCCGCACAGUCUCAUCGAGAUCUCCAGCGUGGAGCGAGGAGUGGUCAGCUUGUUCGGCGUCAAGAGCGAGAUGUUCGUGGCCAUGAGCCGCAGGGCCCGGCUCUACGGGACGCGGCGCUUCGGCGACGAGUGCAAGUUCAGGGAGACGCUGCUGCCCAACAACUACAACGCCUACGAGUCUUUUGUUUACAAGGGCUUCUACGUGGCCCUCAGCCGGCACGGGCGGGCGCGGCGUGGCGACAAGGCCACCACCGCCGCCACCGGCACACACUUCCUCCCUCGGCUGUGACUGACGCUGCCGCCGCCGCGCGGCCAUUUUGCACACGCAGAUUUUAUUUCCUUCCAGGUAACACGCCGUGUCAAUGCCA